AUGUCGUCAUCGAAGCAACAAGAGACUAACAAUACGGAACAAACACAACAACAAAUGGAAACACAACAACAAUAUGAUAAUCAAGAGGAAGUUGAAAUAGAUGAGAGAUCUUUGAAAUGUAAUGCUUUUAUCAUUGAAUAUAUACUUUAUAAAAAAGUUGAUUAUCUUGUAGAGGAUUUGUUAAGAGAACUCCCAUAUGAUCGCGAUAAUGUUAAUCUUAGAACUAGAUUAAUUAUAAGUCAAUUGAAUGGAUUGUGGGAAGAAGUUGAACAGGAAGAUAAAGUUGAUGGUGAUAGAAUCGGAUUUAUUGUUAGUUCUGUGACUGCUUUACUAGGAUUACUUGAUGAGAGAAAACAAACUUUUGCAGAAUUUUUCCAAGAAGCAACCUUCUCCGCAGAUGCUUAUUCUAAAAAGAUCAAGAAAUGGUUGACCUCUUUCAUUAAUGCUGACACAUAUGAACUCAAAUAUCAAUCACUUGAGGCUCUUGUCAAAUAUUUCAAUAUACUAGGAAAUUAUCUUGGUGAACCUAAGCUUUAUUCAUUGCUGAAUCAACCAAAACAAAUCCAGGAGGAAACACAAUCUAAUGAUGCUGUAAUGAAUGAACCACAAAUACCACAAAUCACUGUUGAUUCACUUCCAGACGAGCCAUGUACAUAUUUAGGGCUUAAAAACACAGGAAUUUCAACAUCAGAAGAAACUACAAUCUUUAUAACAGAAAGACUUUUUAACGCUAGGAAACCAUCAAAACCAAUACCUCAGGUACCUGAGAAAGCACCAAGACAAGAAGAGCUUACUCAGCAACCUACUCAGCAAGUUGUUGCAGCCUCUACUCAAUCUAAUCAAGAUGAACAAGCCAAGAAGAGAAAACCUACUGCUAAUGCCAAUAAUUUAAAAAAGAAGAGCUACAAAGACCAAGAUCUAAAUCAGAUACAAAUGGUAAAUCCAAGAAGAAAUCUGUUUUUGAGGAUUCUUCCAGUAGUGAAGAAGAAACUGAACGAGUUCUUUUCAAGCCACGUAAAAAAUCAAAAGAUACCAAGCAAAAGAAAGUAUUUUGGACUGAUGAUGAAGUUAACGCCUUACUUAAAGGUUUCAAGAUGUAUGGAACUCAGUGGGCAAGAAUUUUAG